UGCUGCUUCUUUCCAUCAACUUGCUCUCUUGCCUCUCUCUCUCUCUCUCUCUCAGUAUUUUAGUUUCUUCUAAGCUUAAUCUCUUCUUCACUUCCCUGUUGCUUCCUCUUCCCUUUCCCAAAUGGCCACCAUUGAGGUUGAAUCAGCCCCCGUUGUAUUGCCAGAGCCUGAGGCAGCUCCAGUGGUCCAAGCUGAGGAGAAAGUUGCAGAGGAGGCAGUAAGUGAAGCAGCCCCUGCAGAAGAGCCAAAGGAGGAGGAAGCUGCCUCUGAAGCUGUUGAGACAGAGGAACCAGCACCGGUUGCAACCGAACCCGAGGUCGAAACCAAGGAAGUUGUGGUAGAGGAGGCAGCCGAGGCAGUGGAGGCAGAGCCUGCAGCUGCUGCUGCUGCUGCUGCUUCCGAGCCCGAAGCAGCGGCCGAGGCGGAAGAGAAGAAGGAAGAGACCAAAGAGGAAACAGAAGAACCAGUGGUAGAGAAAAAAGAAGAAGAAGAACCUCAGGAAGUGAAGGCUGAAGAGACUGUUGAAGAGAGCUCAGAAGAAGCAGCAGCACCAGCUGAGGAAGAGAAGCCAAAGGAAGAGGAAUAAGGAGACGAGCAAUGGAGAAGGGUGGGCUUAAAAGUUAGUUUUAUUUGGUGUCUCAGUGUUUGUUUUAUGAAUUAAAACACAGAGUUGGAAUUUAAGGUUGCAAAUAUGGGAUAUGAAGCUCAGUCCCAGAAGAGUCGUUUCAUUUCAUAGCUGUGUGGUUGGGAUAUGUUGUUCUCUAGCUUUGAAUAAAAUCAUAUUUAAAUCUUA